UCGUUGACAGUACAAGCGGUAACACAUGUAAUUAAACGAUAAAUAACGCGCCUGGGAAAAAUACGCCUCGCGUUAAGGCAUUCUGUAAAAAAUCCAAAUCGGGUGAUCAGUGUUGAGUAACAGUUAACUCGUAGAAUACGGUGCGGGUCAACAGGAAGCAAAAAAAAAGCAAUAACGCUAAAGUGGUCGUACUUCAACAAUUCAUUUUCCUGUCUCGAUUGCGGCAGUUUUCUCGCACUGUGUCGGUUUUACUAGACGGAACAGAUCUGGUGUAACUACGGAAGGUGUGUGCAUCAUCGAUUACUGAGCUGAUUACUACUGAAAAAGAACCCGACACGCAUCGCCACCACCCCCAGUGAUGGACGUGGAAUCGGAAGGCAUCCAGCCGGUAAACGGGUCCGGGAACGGUCACACGAAUUUUGCCAUCGAUAUCAGCAGUGACGACGCCCACAUGAAUUCUCUGAACGCCCGACGUCGGAUGUUCAUGUCACAACCCUCAACGGUGGCCAUCCGACGGCAGCAAGCCGUCUGCGUUCGGCGAGCACACAAAAUCUACGGCACCAAAAAGAACCCGAAUGUCAUCCUUGACGGACUGAACAUGACCGUAGCGAAAGGGUCAAUCUACGGUCUGCUCGGAGCAUCGGGAUGCGGUAAAACCACCCUGCUCUCCUGCAUCGUCGGACGGCGACGACUAAACUCCGGCGAAAUCUGGGUCCUCGGAGGGCGACCAGGAUCGCGGGGGUCUGGCGUGCCUGGACCUCGCAUCGGAUACAUGCCACAAGAAUUGGCUCUCUAUGGGGAAUUUACCAUCCGUGAAACGCUUAUCUACUUUGGUUGGAUCUGUGGCCUUACCAUCGACCAGGUGGACGAACAAACUGACUUUCUACUAAAACUCCUUCAACUGCCGAACGCUUCCCGGUUCGUGAAAAACCUUUCUGGAGGACAGCAGCGACGAAUAAGCUUGGCUGCCGCCUUGUUACACUCACCCGAGCUUCUCAUUCUGGACGAACCGACUGUUGGGGUGGAUCCGGUGCUGCGUCAAAGCAUCUGGGACCAUAUGGUAGAAAUAGCGAAGAAUAGCAACACCACAGUGAUCAUCACAACCCAUUACAUCGAGGAAACCCGACAGGCGCACGUGAUCGGUUUGAUGCGUGGUGGAAAGUUCCUGGCCGAAGAAUCACCAGCCGAUCUGCUUGCCCAGUAUCACGCGGAAUCGCUGGAGGACGUGUUUCUCAAGCUGUCCGUCAUGCAAAAUAUGGGCAAACGGAGGCGCUCUUCGAUCGCGCAAGAAGUGGUGGAAGCUAUUCGUGUUCCGGCCAUCGCCAACCCGGCGCUGGACCUUUCGCCCGAGGAAGAUCACGGGGAAAUAUCCGGCGAGUUCGGUGACAACAUUUCAAUGUCCUCGCGUGGUCCUGAUUCGAUCACACCAGAAAUCCAAGCUCCUCCACUACCACCGGAAGAGGAUGCCAAAGUUCCCUUCAUCGAACACUUCAAGAUCCUGAAGCCUAAUCACAUGCGGGCUUUGAUAUGGAAAAAUUUUCUCUGGAUGUGGCGAAAUGUUGGGGUUAUGGCUUUUAUCAUUGGACUUCCCGUGGGACAAAUUGUGCUCUUUUGCUGGGCAAUCGGUCACGAUCCUGUGGGGUUGAAGGUAGCGGUCGCAAACUACGAACUGGAACAGGCAAACCUCUCGAUAGCAUCCUGCCCGGUUAAUCCCGGUUGCAACUAUACAAUGCUAAGUUGUCGCUAUCUGGCGAACUUACGGAAUCGCAGUAUAGACGUGGAAUUGUUUGAAAAUGAAUAUGAAGCCAAUGAACAGGUUUCCCAUGGAAAAGCUUGGGCUUCGAUGGUCUUUGCCCAUAAUUACUCCGAGGCACUGUUUCAGCGAUCCGAGAACAUACGCAAGGUUAGCGAGUGGACACUGGACUUGUCCAGCGUGCAUGUCAGCAUGGAUAUGUCAAACCAGCAAAUCGGAACACUUCUGUAUCGGGACAUCCAGUACGCGUACUUCUCGUUCAUCGAAAGCAUUCUCACGGACUGCGAUGUGAAUCCUUCGAACGGACGGCUGCCGAUCCAGUGGAAACAACCUAUCUACGGUGAUCGAACACCAAACUUCACCGACUUUGCGGCUCCAGGAGUGAUCCUCACCAUCAUAUUUUUCCUCUCCGUGGCAUUAACCUCCGGGGCGAUGUUGAUCGAACGCAACGAAGGUAUUCUGGAGAGAUGUCUGGUGUCCGGCAUCACUGGAGUGGAGAUUCUGUUCUCCCAUGUAACGACCCAGUUCCUGGUGAUGUGUGGCCAAACCACGCUGGUUAUUCUGUUCAGCUUCUACGUGUUCGACAUCACUAACCGAGGUGAAAUCGUGUGGGUCGUACUGUUGACCAUCUUGACUGGUCUGUGCGGAAUGUGCUUUGGUUUCGUCGUAUCCUGCUCAUGUGACAACGAACGCUCCGCCACCUAUCUGGCGAUGGGAAGCUUCUUGCCGAUUGUGAUGCUGUGCGGUAUUAUUUGGCCCAUCGAGGGGAUGCAUCCGUUUGUGAAAAUUUUCUCCGUUUUCUUGCCCCUCACCAAGUCCACCGAAUCGCUUCGGUCCAUGCUGCAACGUGGGUGGCACAUCGAGAACCCUAACGUGUACAUUGGAUUCGCGUCCACCGGCACGUGGAUCGUUAUUUUCUUAGCCAUUAGUAUAUUAUUGCUUAAAUUCAAGAAGGGUUAGUAGUGUGAUGCCACUUUAGGGUGCGCACAGUCACAAGGCUUUCUCUAACUAGUUAAGAUGAGAAACUUACGAAUUUUCUAUUGUGUUAGUUAAAGCUAAAUUUGUGUACUACAGUACGGAGAGGACUGAUGGUAAUAUUUACAUUUUUGUUUUUAAUUUGUUGUAAGGUAGGCCAAACAAUUCAGUGUAUAUAACCCAACUGGGCAUCUAAUUUAUAAACACCAACACCUCUCUGAUCGUGUGAUUAGAUUGAUUCCCUUUCUGAAAACUUCUUUGUGAUGGGCUAAUAAAGAACGCCUCGUUCUUGUUACCAAACUGCGCUCAAUGAAGCGCUUAGUAAUAUGUAAAAUCAUUUGAGUGAAACGAUGUGAAUCAUUGUUGCACGAACCUUCCCCGGAAGUAAUAAAGCGCAUCGUUGAUUGAA